UGGUACUUUGGUGAGAUGAAGCGUCUUGAAGCUGAGCAGUGCCUUCUUUUGUCUGGCAACAAGCACGGUGCCUUUCUUGUUCGCAUCAGUGAGUCGCGGAGUGGCGAAUUCUCGCUUUCUGGUGAGUCGUGUCUUCUAUAA